CUUCAGUCUAUAGCUGCUGCUAGACUCGGAUCUUACACGCACCUCACAGUGCCUUAGGUCGAAUUCAUAUCUCCUGUACCUGGAUUGCUACAUCGCAGUCAUGUACCAUCCAACUUCGGAGCAGAAUUGGGAAUUCCAGAUCAAUCCCGAAAGCCCUUAUAGCAACACACAACAACCCGGUCAGCCUUACUACGGGGCAUCAGGAAUGAACUCUUCGUCACCCGUGAUAGAGCCUUCACCGCGUCAUAUACAUGGGCUCCCAAAGUACGAAGCCAACAUUGGGAUUGGAACCGGUCAGUUAUCACAAGAUGACUUGAACAAUUUUGACUUCAAGAUUGCGAAAGCUCUCCAGGUUCAGGGUGGAAUCGACCAUCUCUCACCCGAUGACCGCUCUUCCUUCGGCAAUAUCAUGCAGAAUACAGAGUUCAAGAUGUCUGAUCAGCAACAGACAAUGAACCAUGCUUCUCAUUAUACUCUGCAGUUACAGAGACAGCAGACGGAGUUACAUAUGCAGCAACUGCAACAGAGACAGCAGCAACAAAGACAAUGGAGGCAGCAGCAGCAGCAGAAUGCUUUUAAUCAUCAGCGCUUUCAGCAGAUCAUACAAAACAACUCUGCCGCUACCCCACUGAGCGGGACGCCGAUGGACUUUCAGACUCAAGAUCGGCACAAUGCCGCGUCCUACCAGAAUGAAACGCCUUCAUCAUCUUUUAUUCCAAACGACGAGCUGACGAACUUCGGAGUUAGGGAAAGAUAUAAUUCUACUGCCCUGAUGAACUCACCAGAGCCGCUUCUUCACAUCGCCAUUCCUCCCUCAGAGAAUGGUUUCUGUAACUUCCAAGGUCCCGUCCAGGCAAAGGCAUACAUUGACGAGAGAAAGCAUUGGAAGAAUCAGGACACUAAUGCUCCGCUGACCGACCAAGAGCUACGUCCGUAUGCGGAAGCCAUAUUCGAGGCCAUGAUCAGCAUAGGAAAGGAUAAGUACAGACCAAAAGUACCCGACCCGAAACACUGGGGAGCUGGACAAUGGACUCUACGCCAGAUAGAGGCUCGUGCCUGGCAUGUAGCGGACCUUACCGCUAAACUUCACCGCCUCGGCGACAACAUGUGGGUUGCUCAAGGCUGUAAGAGUCGUAUCUCUAUGCGCGAUACACAACUCAGCUUCGUCGAACGCAUCGAUCUUAUUUGUAAAAUCCUUCGUAAGAUGCACAACACGUGUACCGAGGUCAUGAACGGCCAGAAACUUGACAUCCUCAUUCCUGGCCCAAACAAGCUGAUGAAGCGUAUUAUUUCUAAUGCCUCCGGAAAUGAGAAGAAGAAGGGUUUGCUCGAGACAGGCAAGAAAGCAAAAGCGCGGGGCUGGGCCAUUGAUUUUGGCGAGGAAGAAGAUGAAGAUGCCGAGGGAGAAGGAGAAGAAGACGGAGAUGAAGAGUACGUUGAAGAGACUGUCGAAGUUGAAGAUAGUCCCAGUCUUCGUAGCUCGAGAGCUACGGCUGAGAGAGGCCGUCGUUUACGUCUAGGGCUCCGCGUCGAUGGUGAUCUAGCACAUAAAAGUCGAUCAACAACAUGA